UCUCAUUCUUGGGAGUCCAAUUGGCAUAUCCUUCUCUGCUUUUUGACUUUUCCUGACGAAGGAUUACCAUAACCAGGAAAGGAAAAAGAAAACAAGGAAAAUCCAAAAAAAACAAAAAAAUAAAAAAUACAAAAUAAAAAUUCAAAAUUCAAACCAGCCCCUCCCUGAAGCUUCCACUCCCUUGGUUUUCUCUUGUAUCAUUCUUUUCUAAUCUCCCUUUUCUCCAGUUGAGCUGAGGCCCAAACACUACUCUCUUCGCUCUUUUCUUUCGCUUAUCUCUUCGAGACAUUUUUCCACUGUUUUAUUUUUAUUUUUAGCCUUUUAUCUCUCCCAAAUCCUUAUUCCAACUCGAUUCGCAUACCGACGGUUUGAUCAUCUCUCCUUUGAUUGCGGCCAAAAUCCGCAGCGAGUCUCUUAUCGCAUCUUCCCGACUGCCCGAUCCCCUAAGUAAACACCAAUUUUAGGGCGCUUCACGAACGAAGGCGGCAUUGGAACAAGAAACUAUACUCAGCCGCAAUGGCGUUCUCCGAUGUUGGCCUGAGGGGCCUCCAUCACCUCGUCCGACGGGAUAGUGAUAACCCAGCCGACACUCCGCCCACAGCAUCGGCACUCGUUACCACCCUGGUACCGGCCUUAGUGUCAGCCGGAGUGAUGGUUCUGAUCUUUCUAAUCCUUCGUCGCAGUCAGCGCCGGAUGUAUAUGCCACGAACAUACCUAGGAGUCUUGAAACCGUGGGAACGCACACCUCCCACCUCUACUACCCCAUGGGGUUGGAUCAUUGACAUGUACAAAUUGCCCGAUGAAUAUGUGCUGCAACACCAUUCGAUGGACGCUUACCUUCUCAUUCGCUUCCUUAAAUUGGUAUCCAUGAUAUGCUUCGUGGGCGCCUGCAUAACGUUCCCUAUCUUGUUUCCCAUCAAUGCAACCGGAGGUGGAACUAAUGUGCAGUUGAAUAUUCUGAGCAUGUCCAACGUUCAAGAAAGCAAGUACGAGCGUUACUUCGCCCACGCCUUUGUUGCAUGGCUCUACCUCGGAUUUGUCAUGUAUACCGUUACUCGUGAAAGUAUCUUUUACAUCAACUUGCGCCACGCCUACGCUCUGUCCCCAGCCUACGCCAGCCGGCUUUCGUCUCGGACCGUGCUGUUCACCGCUGUUACUGAAGACUAUCUCAACCGUGACAAGAUUCGCAAAAUGUUCGGUACCGACAAAGUAAAGAAUGUUUGGCUUACUACCGAUACGUCCGAAUUGGACGACAAAGUAAAAGAACGUGAGGAUGCUGCCAUGAAGCUCGAGGCUGCGGAAACGAAGCUCAUCACUCUCGCGAACAAGGCACGUCUCAAGGCCAUGAAGAAACAGGGCUAUGUGGAAGACGGCCCCCCGACCCCAAGCGAAGAACCUAGUGAUGAGUCGGGCUCAGUUGCGGCCCGCUGGGUGAAACCGUCGGAGAGGCCCACGCACAGACUCAAAUUACUCAUAGGAAAGAAGGUUGAUACGAUCAAUUGGGCCCGAUCCGAAAUCGAGCGCCUAAAUCCCGAGAUCGAGGAGCUGCAGGCCAAGCACCGAGCGGGCGACGCAAAGUUGGUGUCGUCGGUUUUUGUCGAAUUUUAUCAUCAGGCGGAUGCUCAAUCUGCCUAUCAGUCUGUGGCUCACAAUCUUCCUCUUCACAUGGCACCGCGCUACAUCGGCCUGGAACCCACCCAGGUUAUCUGGUCUAACCUUCGUAUUCGGUGGUGGGAACGUGUUAUUCGGUACUUCGCCACUAUCGCCUUCGUUGUCGCUCUCAUCGUCUUUUGGGCAAUUCCCACGGCUGUGGUGGGUUCUAUCUCGAACAUCACGUUCUUGACCGAGAAGGUCCCUUUUCUUCGCUUUAUCAACGAUGUCCCAAGCUGGAUCCGAGGUGUCAUCACUGGCCUUCUCCCCACUAUUAUGCAGUCCGUGCUCAUGGCUCUGUUGCCGAUUAUACUACGAUGUAAGUUAAUUCCACAAGGGUUCAUUUCUGAAUGGUCACUCAUUCUUGUUCUAGUGAUGGCCAAGCUUGGUGGUGCGCCGACAGCCGCGGCUGUUGAGCUGACUACGCAGAACUUCUACUUCACGUUCCAAGUCAUCCAAACAUUCUUGGUUGUCACUGUUGCGUCUUCCGCUUCUAGUGUGGUCUCGGAUAUUAUCAACAAACCUACAUCUGCUGCGUCGCUCCUAGCUGAGAAGAUUCCACAAGCUUCCAACUUCUAUAUCUCUUAUAUCAUCUUGCAGGGGUUGUCGUUCAGCGCUGGUGCGCUCCUUCAGAUUUCCGGUCUAAUCGUGGGCAAGGUUCUAGGCACUUUGUUGGACAAUACUCCCCGUAAGAUGUUCACGCGUUGGUCCUCCCUUUCUGGUCUAGGCUGGGGAACGGUAUACCCUGCGUUCACCUUCCUGGUAGUCGUUGCCAUCACCUACUCGUGUAUCGCUCCCUUGGUUCUCGGGUUCGCGACCAUUGGUCUGUACCUUUUCUACUUCGCUUACCGGUACAACAUGCUGUAUGUGUCCAAUGCGGACAUUGACACUCAGGGCAAAGCCUACACACGCGCCCUGCAGCACAUCACCAUUGGCUGCUACCUGCUUAAUGUUUGUCUCAUUGGUCUCUUCGCUAUUGCAACCGGUGCUCGUCGAAUUGCCCUCGGCCCUCUCAUCCUCAUGAUCAUUUCUCUUGUUGUCAUGGUCAUCUACCAUGUUUCUCUGAACCAGGCGCUGGAUCCUCUCAUCAACUUUAUCCCAAAGAAUCUGGAAUCGGAGGAGGAGGCCCUUCUUAUUCAGGAGAAGGGUGAGCUUGCUCCAUCUGCCGGCGAGCACUCAGAUGACGCCGGCGCGAGUGGCCCUGGAAAGGAGGGUGUUGACAAUGGCGUGACCAACGUUGAUUCAGCUGAAAAGGGCUUAACCGGACCAGCUCCGGAGCCGAAGGCCAACUUCCUGACCAAAUGGUUGCGCCCGGACAAGUACGAUGGCUACACCCAGCUGCGGCGUUUUGUCCCCAACGCCUCGGCGAUAACCACCUAUGCCCCCGAAGUUGAACGCGACGCAUAUUUCCACCCUUCCAUCACCUCCCAGCCUCCUCUCCUGUGGAUUCCUCGUGAUGAAAUCGGCGUGAGUAAGCAGGAAAUCAAGCAUACCUCCCGGGUGAUCACCAUCACCGAUGAGGAUGCAUGGUUGGACGAGAAGAACAAGAUUCACUGGGACAUGGACAAGGGUGUUCCGCCUAUCUACGAAGAAAAGAUCUACUACUAGUCACUCAUUUGAACUCUGACCCAUGUUCUGCCGAAUCGGAACAUGUCUUGGAAAGAAUGUUUUCCUUUCUGUUUGAUACCCACGUGGCCGAUGCUGGUCUCCUUAGCAGCAACCCGGAGAUAUUAUGGUCCUGACUGGUCUGUUAAUACUUAAUUUAUAUAUGAGCUGCGAUUACGAUGGACGUUUUGACAGGAUCUGUGAUGUU